GCUGCGCCGGCCUGGCCGCUCGCCUGCACCGGGGCGCCUCGUUCUCCUCCACCACUUCCUUCCUCUGGGCGACGCGUCGUGGGGCGGGGAGGCGCGAGCCGCCGUCGUGCUGCCGAGGAGCGAUGGCGGAGCGACCCGCGGGUUCCACGGCGGCUCAAGCGACGACCGCUGACGGGAUACAACGGUGACGGCCUCUGAGGUUCGACGCGCAUCUGUCGCUUGUGUCACAUCUGGCCGGUCCGAGUGUCCCACAUGCUCCGCGUCUCCUCCGCGUCGUCAAAGCCAUCUGCCUCGGGCGUAAAUCUGGCGCAGCGUCCCGCGGCGGCUCACGCGGAGCCUCGGUGACAUUAGCAGGCCGAGUCGCUGGGGGUCACCAUGGGGGCGAAGCAGAGCGGCCCGACCGCCAACCCGGCUGCCACCGCGCGGACCAGAGCGUACUCCGGCUCGGACCUCCCGUCCGGCGCGUCCAGCGGCAGCGGCGUCAGCGGGACCGCCGCCGGGGGGGGGAGGCACCGCGCGUACGGUGCGCCCGGAGCCGCCGGACCCUCGUCCGGCUCCGGCCAGCCGCACGGAGCCAGGGCCAGGUCCGUGGGGGGCUCCGGGUCCAGACCGCAGUCCGGUAUCAACAUUCCGAGCAGCAGCGGAGCGUACAGCUCGCAGGAGUCCGGCGGCAGCAGCCCGGAGGAGGCGGACCGGGAGCGCUCCGGCGGGGGGCGCGACGGUCCGCGGCUGGUGAUCGGCUCGCUGCCAGCUCACCUCUCGCCUCACCUGUUCGGAGGCUUCAAGUGCCCUGUGUGCUCCAAGUUUGUCUCCUCGGAUGAGAUGGAUCUUCACCUGGUCCUGUGCUUGACCAAACCCAGAGUGACGUAUAACGAGGACGUCCUGUCCAAGGAUGCAGGAGAAUGUGCCAUCUGCCUGGAGGAGCUGGUGCAGGGAGACACCAUCGGCCGCCUGCCCUGCCUCUGCAUCUACCACAAAGGCUGCAUCGACGAGUGGUUUGAAGUGAACCGGUCGUGUCCCGAGCAUCCGUCGGAUUGAAGGGCUCUGCACCGGCAAAGGAUCCCAAACACGUCCUGAAGGCCACGUCCUGUCUACAUUUGUCUGCUGGGUUUUAAGAUUCCACAAUAAGAGGGAUCUACUCAGUGGAGCGUGGACCCAGGGAGACUGCUGGACACUGUGAUCCCCCCCCAGUAAUGUAGUGCCACUGUGCCAAAUGUCAUUAAGCAAUCUUCAGGGAUACAGACGUUAGUGUGUACGUGUGAGCGGGCUGGUGUCGCCCCUACCUGCCCUCAGAGCACGCAGGCUCCUCCUCCUCAGCGCCAUUGGACAACAGAUGUUGGCGGAUGGUACACCUGGAGAGGCUGGAGGAGGUGGAGGUCCUGGUCCCCCCCCACCCCCCCCUCCUCCUCCAGCGUCAGGGUCUAGGAGGAGGAGGACUGGACUGCAGAGACAGCAGGACCAGCUGGACCCAGCCGGAGGCCGGAGAGCAGCUCGGACCUUUUCAGACUACGAGCUGAAAACAAUGGUGCCAAUCAACACACACGCUUUGUCAUCAGUGCUUUUUUUAAUCACAUACCAUAGAGAAAAAGGACUUCAGGUACCAAAAGCCUCCCCAGUCCUAAGGACAUCUCCUCAUUCCAUCUUCUAACAGGAUGUGUAUAAUGACACACAGCAUGCGACAAAGAUUGUAGCUUAACAACUUCUCUAAGUUCUGAGCACAGUGAAGUUCUGCAAAAUACUUUUAUAACAUACAAUAGAAUCAGGACAAAGUGAGAUGUUUAGAUUUCAAACGUUGUUUUGUGUUUCUUCAUGGAAAUAUGAGAUUGUCUUUUUGAUAAAGUCUGUGAUCUAUUUUAAAUUGUAGACUAUGGAUAAAUUAUAAUAUUUGGUCAUACUUCGGUCACUGCAAACAUUAGACUGAACGAAUGAAACACUGUUUAAAAGGUAUAUACGUUCAAAAUGAAUCAAAUAAAACCUAAAAUCUGAUUAUGUCA